AAAUAGGAACCUUCGGAUUUUUGAAAAUAUGGCUCAGAACCCUGUUGAAGUGCAGAGGAAAGCUAUUGGUUAUUAUAGGCUGUAUAGAGAGUCAGUUGAUCAGGCUGGUAGUAGUCCUUCGCAAAGCCUCAACGCUGGAUGGUGUCCCCCAAGAGCAG